AACACCAGCUGAAGACAAAGGAUGUCUUCCAGCAGAUACAAAAACCGAACACGGUUCUAUUCAGAUGUACUUACACAGACCACCCACAUGGAAUGCAAUUGCUGAUGAGGCCGAAAUGGCAGCACUCACCAGUACAUGAUGUGUAGGUAGCAUUCUAGGAGCAGAAGAUAUUUAAUGCUUCCUGUCCGCCUACGUUUAGGAAACACUCUUCUGCCAGCCUCACUCUCACCUGUUCAGAUCGACGAGUUGCAUUGCAGACAUGUCCAUGAACCCUAUAACUCAACAUCACCCACAAUUUUGCUCUUGGGCGCCACCCUUGGGUAAUCCCCACCUGUACCGCCAUCACACGUACCGAGUGUCGCAGGAAGGAGACCAGUAUGAGAGAGAGCACAUGUUCGAGAAGUCCCUGACUCCAAGCGACGUAGGCAAGCUGAACAGGCUGGUCAUACCAAAGCAUUACGCGGAGAAGUACCUCCCCCUCGACGGCGAGGCGGGCGAGAGAGGUCUUCUUCUGAGCUUCGAGGAUGAGUCGGGUAAGCCAUGGCGGUUCCGCUACUCGUACUGGAGUAGUAGCCAGAGCUACGUGCUGACCAAAGGCUGGAGCCGCUUCGUCAAGGAAAAGGGGCUCGAUGCCGGGGACCUUGUGAGCUUCGGGCGUCUACGGGGGGGAGUCGACCGUCUCUGCAUCAGUUGCAGGCGCCGCGGUGAAAACGAGAGACCACCAGCGGCUUGCACUGCGACCACGGGCGACGCCGCCGUCCCAUGGAGCCCCACAUGCUACACGGCGAGGGCGCAUGCUCCGACGAGCCACACAGGUGACCAAGACCUGUCAAUGGCACCCACUCACUCGAAGCGUUUGAGACUGUUCGGCGUUAAUCUGGACUGUGCGCCGGCGCCGGAGCCGGAGACAAAACUGGUUCUUGCUCUGGAAACAGAGUCAACUCGUUCCGGCCACCAAUGCCUCCACAAGCAUAUCUACUAGAGAUUGGCAUCCGCGGUAAUUCAAGCUGAUUUAGAUGGAGGAGAAGAAAGAGGAAGAUGCUGAGGCCAUGUUCCGACAUCCUACCGACCAGUUCUCUCCUUCCCCAGGUGACAGACACCCAAGAACCAGGGCAGAGCAGUAAGUGAGGAGAAGAAAACAAGGGAGGGAUUGAAAAGUAACAGUAGCAGUGGCAGUAGAAGUAGUAGAGAAUCGUGAGGUUCCUUAGCUUUAGCUACUCACGAUUUGCAUGUACUUAAUUUUGUAAGCCGAUCGAGAACCGAUAAAGUGAUCUAAUGGCACUGUAAUCGAUCAUUUCCUGUUUGAUUUUGCUUCCAUGAAUUGCCAAAGUCUUUACUAGCGA